AUGACUAAGACCAAUCUUAUAUCUGUUGUUCAUCUUCUAUGUCUUGUUCAUCUUCCUAUCCUAUCUAUUGUUGAUGCCUACCUUCAUUUGAUGUAUGGUGGCCUUAUUAGGAUGGCUGGGUUUGUGGUAGCUGCUGACAUGGUUGAUGUGGCUAGUGCUGGGGCAUCUGCUGCUGGGCUAGCAGUGGCUGUUGCUGCACCUGAGGUGGUGGAUGUGGGGGCUGAUGCACCUGAGGAUGGCCCAGAUGUUUCUGAUGGCAGUAGGGCUGACAAGUGCUUCAAGGAUAAGGAUGUGAACUAUGUGGCAAAGGCUCUACUAGAUUAUUGUGGUGAGGCUGUGAGCCCUACUCAAGUGUACAACCACUUGAGGAAGUGGAGGCAGAAGUGGGCUAGGGUUGUGAAGUUGAAGGACCUUAGUGGUGCACUGUUUGAUCAUGAUGUUAAUGCCAUAAUGCUUGAACCUGAGCACUACACAGGCCACUGCAAGGACCAUCCUAAGGAUGUUAAAUUCCUCAGCACCCCAAUCAGGUUCUACACUGAGAUGGAGACUAUAUUUGGUUCUUCCAUGGCCACUGGUAGGUUUGCCCUAGGUUCCAGUGAGCCACUUGGGGUGAACAAUGUUGAUAGUGUUGCUACUAAGAUUGAGAGCCAUGGAUUCACCACUGCUGCUAAUGUCAAAGGCAGCCCUGAGAUGGCCUCUGCACUUAGAGAGACUAGGUCUACACAUGUGGAUCCUGACCUCUAUCUUGCAGUGAUGGAGAUGCCUGGCUUCACCACUAAAGCUCUCAUUGUUGCCUACACCUACCUGCUGGAAAACAAGGCCCUUAGCAGUGACUUUGUGAACAUGGCAAUUAGCCAUAGGGACAUUUGGCUGAGGAACUACCUUGCUAAGAACAACUAUAUGUAG